AUGGUGAUGAUGCUUCACGAGCGAGAAACUCAACAGCCAUGGCUUCCGAUUGAGAGAAAAUGCUUCAACUUUCUCCAACAAAGCCAUCGACACGGAAGAUUCUCUCUUCUUCAGAUCCAUGCUUUCAUGCUCCGUCACGCAAUAGAGACGAACGUUCAAAUAUUCACCAAAUUCUUGGUUAUCUCUUCGUCGGCAGUUGGAAUUAGCUAUGCGCGUAAGCUUUUCGAUCAAAGGACUCACAGAGAAGACAGUUUCCUCUGUAACUCCAUGAUCAAAUCCUAUCUCGAAACUCGUCACUACUCUGAUUCGUUUUCCUUUUACAGAGAUCUCAGGAAAGAGACGAUUUUUUCUCCUGACAAUUUCACUUUCACGACGUUGACAAAGUCCUGCACUUUGAGUAUGUGCGUUCACGAAGGUUUACAGUUGCAUAGCCAGAUUUGGAGAUCUGGGUUUUGCUCAGAUAUGUACGUUUCGACUGGAGUUGUUGACAUGUAUGCGAAAUUCGGGAAGAUGGGUUACGCGAGGAAAGUGUUCGACGAAAUGCCUCAGAGAAGUGAGGUUUCUUGGACGGCGUUGAUCUGUGGGUACGCUAAGUGUGGAGAGCUUGAUGUGGCGAGUAAGCUCUUUGAUGAGAUUCCUGAAGCUAAAGACGUUGUGAUGUAUAAUGCGAUGAUGGAUGGUUAUGUGAAGUUUGGUGACAUGACCUCUGCGAGAAGACUGUUUGAUGAGAUGAGAGUUAAAACUGUUAUCACUUGGACCACUAUGAUUCAUGGUUACUGCAACAGCAAUGAUAUCGAUUCCGCUAGGGUUUUGUUUGAUGCUAUGCCGGAGAGGAACUUGGUUUCUUGGAAUGCGAUGAUUGGUGGAUACGCUCAGAACAAACAGCCUCAAGAAGCUAUCAGAUUGUUUCAGGAAUUGCAGGCGAACACUUCGUUUGAUCCUGAUGACGUGACUAUCGUGAGUGUGUUGCCGGCGAUUUCUGACACUGGUGCUGUUAGUCUCGGUGAAUGGUGUCGACGUUUUGUGGAGAGGAGGAAGCUGGAUAAGAAGGUGAAAGUGUGUACAGCGAUUCUUGAUAUGUACUGCAAAUGUGGAGAGGUAGAGAAGGCGAGGAGAGUCUUUGAUGAGAUGGUGGGAGAGAGAGAAGUGGCGUCUUGGAAUGCUAUGAUACAUGGGUAUGGUUUGAAUGGGAAUGCGAAUGCAGCGUUGGAUCUGUUCUUGGCGAUGAUGAGAGAAGUGAAGCCAGAUGAGGUCACGAUGCUUGCGGUUCUCUCAGCUUGUAACCAUGGUGGAUUAGUGGAGGAAGGAAGAAAAUGGUUUUACAGGAUGGAGGAAGAGUUUGGCUUGGUUGCUAAGAUUGAGCACUAUGGAUGUAUGGUUGAUCUGCUAGGGAGAGCAGGGGAGUUGGAAGAAGCAGAGGAUUUGAUUAGAAGCAUGCCGUUUGAGCCAAACGGGAUAGUUCUGAGCUCGUUCUUGUCUGCGUGUGGUCAAUACAAGGAUGUGGAAAGAGCUGAGAGAGUUCUGAAGAAGGCAGUUGAAUUGGAGCCUGAGAAUGAUGGGAAUUAUGUUUUGUUGAGGAACUUGUAUGCGGGGGAUUCAAGAUGGGACGAUGUAGGGGUAGUGAAGAACAUGAUGAGGAAGAACAAAGCCAAGAAGGAAGUUGGUUGUAGCUCGAUUGAGAUAGAUUCUGUUGUUUCGGAGUUCAUUUCGGGAGAUACGACACAUCCUUAUCGGAGGAAUGUACGUUUGGUUCUCGGGAAGCUGCUUAUGCACAUGAAAGACGAGGAAGCCAACUGGUGA